AUGGCUCGUCUCACAGCAUCCCUCCUCCUGCUCAGCGCCAUCGGCGCCUCCGCCCACCCUUCUGGCCACGCCCGCUUCCACAACAAGCAGCGCUCCCAGAACGAGGAGCGUGCCAUCGGCGACGUGAUCAACGCUGUCAUUGACGGUGUCGCCGUCUCCUGGACCCAGACCGAGGACUACGGCGCCGCUGCCACCCCCGCCAUCGUCGCCGACAAGCCCAAGGCCGCCGUCGCCGUCGCCGCGACCCCGUCCGCCUCCUCCGCCACGCCCUCCUCCACCCCUACCCCCGCCUCCUCCUCCGCCGCUGCUACGGCCACCUCGGGCUCCAGCUCCAGCUCCAGCUCCUCCGGCCAGGGCAUCACCGAGUACACCAGCUUCACCGACCUCUGCGCCUCCAAGAAGAAGCGCGCCACCCUCGACCAGAUCAAGUACGCUGGCAACACCGGCUCUACCUCCGACUACGGCUGCAACAAGGUUCUCCUUGCCGACUCCGCCCUUGCCGACAAGUACGACAACACCGCCAAGUUCUUUGGCGCCACUGAGGACAUGUACUGCCUCGUCUGGAACAAGAUUGGUCUCGACGGUGGAAUCAACGGCUUCUUCGGCGCCAACGCUACCACCUUCACCCUGCCUGCUGGCUCCGAGCAGUACGUUGCCUUUGACUCCAACUCUCAGGGUGGUGGCGCCUGCUUCAAGGGCACCAGCGAGGACUCCGUCGAGAAGACUGUCUACGGUGCUAUUGCCGGCACCUGGGCCGAGUGGGACUUCGAGAACACCAGCAACGAUGGCUGGUCUGGCUACGAUGCUUCUGCCAUCGUUGCCCAGGCUGCUGGCCUUACCGUCACUGGCAUGAAGAUCUGCGCCUCCAACGCCGACUCUGCCUGCUCCACCAUCACCUCCGGUGGCGCCAGCUUCGUCAACUCCUAUGCGGCUGUCGAUGCUGACGCUGAUGGCAUCGGUGGCCAGGUCUCUGGCCCCAUGAAGAUCACCAUCGACCUGAGCGGAUACUAA